UAUUAAUUAUCUUAACCAAGCAUGUUUUUAAUGCAUGCUAUCUUAAAUGCAUUAUUUAAAUUAAUUUCAUUGGACUAAUGAACUGAGGACCACACACAAAUUCUUCACUGUAUAAAAUUGCUGGUUAUUUACUUAGCUCAGCUUUCUAACACUUCCAACCGUCUCUUGUGUAAUUGCAACCGCACUCUGUAUAUGCUACACACUAUUUCAAAUGUCAAAGAUUAGACGCAACCGCACACAAACUGCAAUAAGAUAUCAAAUACCAAGCUCCAGUUUCAAUUAAGGCAUACAGACAAUGAGCUUUACGGUUAUUGUUACGUACCAACCGUUGCAAGUACUCGGUUUUAGUUCUGUACGUGUAAGCAAGCUAUGUUCCUACCUUCCUUCCGUUCCUUUUCAUUUUCUUCUUCUCCAAAGUAGCCCAUGCAACAGACGUAGAGAUUUCUAAUUAAUAAUGCGAGCUGUCAUGCAAGAGUACGAUAUGUGGUGCAUGCCACACCAGAAAUGCAAACAAAUAAUUUCUAACACAUGGAAGACAAUGGCACACAUUAGAAGGCGUGCUCUGUAAUCCCGUAAGCGUGUAACAAAUGUUUUAUGAGUCGUGGGUGCAGAGGAGCUGCAACAUAUAGGAAAUAAUAUCGGUCAAAUGUCCUUAUGUAAUAUAAUUCUUUUGAGUGAGUAUUCACUCAGUGGACUUGAAAUAUCAUAAUUCAACAAUAUCAGGGUUCAAGAAAACCAUGACAUGCCCUUUAAUUAAUGCUUCGGAGUUAAGAUAACAUGAAUCACGUUAUAUCUUGAUUUCAGCUAUAGUUUCUUGCUAAGAACACUGAAAAAGACAUAAUGGACUAAGUAGUUUAUUACGCGUUGACUUUGUAAAAUUGAAACAUUUAUCUUACUGUCCUCGUAAAGUUUAAUAUGAAGACAUCUACUUCAAGAGCGGCUGCAUUCCACAUCACAGGGGAUUUGAUAUUAAGUUGGCGCUAUUCCCUUCAUGCGCGUGCAGUCUAACCAACUGAAUUAUUUGGUGACAUUCACUUCACCUUCAGUAGGAAUAAAGGUGAACAGGGUAUAUGAAAUAUAGAAAACCAGACUAGAUCGAAUACAUAUGAACACAUCUAGGUAAACACUUUUGGAAAUUGAUAUAUUUUAUAUAACACCGCAAAGAGAAAUUUUGUGUUUGAGAAGUAUAUUUUUUCGCUCUGAAUGACGAAGCAAGGUUAGUUUUGUUUUUGCAGCCAUUAUACAAAUUUGAAAGUGUGUAUGAUUCUUCAGACAAUUUAUAAUAUAACUUUAAUCAGUACUCUGUAGGUCCAUCUUAAUUUUAAUACUAUUUUUUCUACUUUCUACAGAUGAGAUUUGAAACUUUGAUUUGUCGAAUAGCGAUUACGAACUAAGUUAAUAGUAUAGGAUACCUCUCGCGGAGCCUCAUAGUUCGCACAAAAUCGGAAACAAACGUCCGCACUAAAUUGCGAGGUGUCAAUUGACAUCACUAAAAUGUUGAAUGACAUAAUGAAUUUUUCAUCUACAAACCGAGUUCCUGGACGGCGACUAAGAAGAAUGACAUUUUGUCGAAGUUAAGAGCUGUUCUGUUCAUCAGGGUCUUAUUUAAUGUAAAACCCAUGUAAUUACAUUUCAAAAGCUAGUGAUUGCGUUCGGUCCAGUAUGAAAUGUGACCAGUAUGAAUUUAAGACAGAACUUAUAAUACUACCACCAGUAUUUCAUUCAGCAAAUUGUUGACUUAGAAAACUAAACUUAAGCUAAACAAUCGAACUUUAUCACUCAACAAAGUAAACGAAAAGUAAACUUAUGCAAUACUUUUAGUUGCUGUGUGUAAAUAAUUAAAUUCCUUAAUGUAAUAAGAAAAUAUUUAGUAUUCAUAUAAGGUAUAAAAUGAAGUGCAAGAAAGUCACAAGCUUCGCAGUAAUUUCUGAAAACUAGUGGAAAACACUCCUGACGAACAAAUUUGAAUUUCCUGUUUUGUACUUUUUGUUUUACUUCGAACUUUAUCACUCAACAAAGUAAACGAAAAGUAAACUUAUGCAAUACUUUUAGUUGCUGUGUGUAAAUAAUUAAAUUCCUUAAUGUAAUAAGAAAAUAUUUAGUAUUCAUAUAAGGUAUAAAAUGAAGUGCAAGAAAGUCACAAGCUUCGCAGUAAUUUCUGAAAACUAGUGGAAAACACUCCUGACGAACAAAUUUGAAUUUCCUGUUUUGUACUUUUUGUUUUACUUCGCUUAUACACCUAAGCAUGGCUUACUGGGCGAUAGCGACUCGCAAAGGGUCGCCACCGAUGAAGAUCACACCAGUGCUGAAUCCCAAUCAACGUGAAUUCCUCGAAGAUGAGCUGCUCUACCGCGAAAAACUGGAAAUACUAGCCGAGAACAAUACGAUUAGCACUGACCUCUUUGUGCGAAAGUUCGAGGAUAUUGACGACCCCGUGCUGCUGGAUAAACACGAUUCCUUCUAUCAUACCACUAAAAGUCUGCUGGUGCUGUUCCAGAUAAUGGGCGUUAUGCCAAUACAUCGCAAUCCGCAGAAGCCGGGGAUGCCACGCACCGGUUAUUCAUGGACAUCGAAGCAGGUCUUCUGGGCCAUAUGCGUUUUCUCUAUGCAAACUACGAUAGUGGUAUUGGUGUUGCGUGAGCGCGUGAACACGUUUCUCAACGAUUCCGAUCGGCGAUUCGACGAGGCAAUCUACAACGUGAUCUUCAUAAGUUUAUUAUUCACGAAUUUCCUUUUGCCGGUUGCAAGUUGGCGACAUGGACCGCAGGUAGCGAUCUUCAAGAAUAUGUGGACGAAUUAUCAAUUGAAGUUCUUGAAAGUGACCGGCUCACCGAUUGUAUUUCCCAAUCUAUAUCCGCUCACCUGGAGUUUGUGUUUCUUCUCGUGGGGUGUGAGUAUUGCGAUCAAUUUGUCGCAGUACUAUUUGCAGCCCGAUUUCAAGUUGUGGUACACUUUCGCAUACUAUCCGAUUAUUGCAAUGCUAAAUGGUUUCUGCAGCUUGUGGUAUAUCAACUGCACAGCCUUUGGUACCGCUAGUCGCGCUCUAUCCGCCUCACUGGAAUUAACAAUGAUGGGUGAUAAACCAGCGAAGAAGCUCACCGAAUAUCGUCAUCUUUGGGUAGAUUUAAGUCACAUGAUGCAGCAACUAGGACGCGCUUAUUCCAACAUGUAUGGCAUGUACUGUCUGGUGGUAUUCUUCACUACUAUCAUUGCUACUUAUGGCUCAUUGAGUGAAAUUAUGGAUCAUGGUGCUACUUAUAAGGAAGUUGGUCUCUUCGUUAUCGUUUUCUAUUGCAUGAGCCUGCUCUACAUCAUUUGCAAUGAGGCGCAUUAUGCCACCCAGAGUGUCGGUUUGGACUUUCAAACGAAGCUCUUGAAUGUGGAUCUCACCGCUGUGGAUAGUGCUACACAAAAGGAGGUUGAAAUGUUUCUCAUGGCCAUAACAAAGAAUCCGCCGAUUAUGAAUUUGGACGGUUAUGCUAAUAUCAACAGAGAACUAAUUACGUCAAAUAUUUCAUUCAUGGCUACUUACUUGGUGGUGUUGUUGCAAUUCAAAAUUACCGAACAGCGGAAUUACUCUAUGAAACAGAGCAGAAUGGAGGUGCUUAUGGAGGAAUGAAUGUUUGAAAAAAUUUUGCUUUGUAAAGCUUUGUUGCUUUAGUGAAAGAAAUAUUUAUUUCGAUCUUUGUCUUUGCUCAUCUCGGAUAAUUUGUGGAUUAGAAGUCCAGUUCGUUCUUU